AUGGAAUUGGUCGAGCUACACCUCUUACGCGCCGGUUACCUUUCUAUAUCUAAAGUAGAUUGCGAAGAGAUAUGGACCAUCAAGGGUGAGGUGAUGAGUAUCGCCUUGUCGUUGGGGCUUCACCGUGACCCUGGAAAGUGGAAGCUCAGCAAGGAGCAAAUAGAGAGGAGACGGUGGGCAUGGUGGAAUGUAUUGCAACUGGAUAGGUGGCAAGCGUUCUUAUUCGGUCGUCCCAUUUCAAUUCCCAACUCUCAUUUCGAUACGAAUUUCCCUGUCGAAAACAAGACUGAUCCUAGCAUAGGGGCGAUGCUACCUCGUGCCGACCUACACUUUAUGAUCGCAUCCUGGCCCACGAGAGAGCUCGAAUCUUGGUUCCAGAACCUUCCUCAUGAUUUAGCUGUUGACGAUUACCAUCUAGCCAGCUUGCUGUCUUCCCAAGCACUCGCUUCCCGCAGACUGGGGUUCACGCUCCACCGACCAUUCACUACUCCUCAAAUCCGCCGCGAUUCGAGAACAUCUGCCAGUUACGAUGCCUCGAUCAUCGCGGCUGACAAACUCAUACAUCUCUGGACAACUUCACGGCCCGACUUCAUGUCGAAUCCUCUGCUCGCCGUUCCUGGUCAUAUCUCCUGGGGACCCUUCCACAUAUUCGCGGCCGCAAUACACUUCUGUUUCUUGUUGAUCUGGAAACCAGACCAACCCGCCGACAAGGCGCUCCGAGUACUGCAGACACUCGCACCGCUUUACAUGGAUGGAACCAUGCGCAAAGUUGACGAGAAGCAAAGGGACAGUUGGGCGGCUGAUUCGCCAUCCCAAACGUGGGCAUCUGCGCAUUCUCCGGCGUCCGCAGCAGGGAGUUCAGCUGGACGCUCCCUCGACUCGGUCCAAAUGUCGCUUCAACCUUUCGGUGCACACAAUUUGAACCCUCGCCGUAUCCGCAAAAUUCAUCCGAAGAAGCGGUUUGGAGUGCAUCCCUUGGCCUCGACGGCGAUUCUUGGAACAUGUUUUUGA